UCAUGACAACGGCAAUUUGAUCAUUGAAAAUAUUCAACCUAGAAAUGCCAAUGAAUAUAGUUGUAGAAUAGACGUGGUAUCACCAAGAAAAGGGCCCACAUGGAUUACAUUGAAAAGAGUUACAAUUGUCGUGGAAAUGCCGGUUGGGGUCAAUACCAAACGGCGUGUACAGAAAGCUGUCAUAGGCGAUUCGGUGGAAAUCGAAUGCGAUUUAGAUGCCACCAAGAAUUCAAUGAUCCUGUUGUUCAAGAACGAUGAAGAGCUCAAUUUGACAAAAGACCCACGAAUGGCAAUCAACGGCCCGAAAUUAGAAAUUAAAAGUGUCGAAAUGUCUGAUGCCGGCGACUAUAAAUGCAAAUCUUAUGAAAAAUAUCUAAUUCGAGUGGACAGUGUCACAAAAUUGGUGCUUGAACAGGGGCUGCAAAAUCCAGAUGGUAUUAAAUCAGAAAUGAACAUGGAUUGCUCGGGUUUUAAAAUUUCAUGGGAUCCAGUUGAGGGAAAUGACAUAGUACAAUAUCAUGUGCACUGGAGACCCAACUCUACAAACGAAUUCUUCAACUUUACAACAAGUGAAACCAGUGCCACCAUUUCAGAUCAAUUUAAUGAAAACUAUAUCUUUAAAGUUGUGGCUGCAAACGAACGCGGCAAAUCUAAGGCAGAUGCCGAUGUGCAUGCAUUUGAAAUGAACUGCGAUUUGAAGGCAUUCCCUUUAAGUACAACGGCAUUUCUUCUGCAAUGGCAAAAACCAAACUUCGAAAUUAAGGGCUACAAAGUUUUCUAUCAAGAACAUAGCGAAACAGAUGGGCUUGGAACAAAAAAAGAACGCCAGCCACCAAUUGACCAAACUCUCAUAACUCAAACCAAAUUAACGGGACUAAAACCAAACACCACCUAUCGAUUGUUCAUCCACACGGUGGAUAAAGAGAAUGAAGAUCAAGUAUUCAAAGUGAUUGAAAGUAAAACACUAUCGACUGAACCAGCCGGCACACCAGAUAAACCAACUUUGACAUGGAUGCAAAUGCCAACGCCAAAAGAACAUCUCUAUUCUAAUUAUGUUAUCAGAAUGAAUUGGCAUCCAAAUGUUGAUGGAAAUCCUGGAACAAACUUCACAGCAAAAUACCGAAAGAAAGGCGAUGAAAAAUGGAACUAUACCAAAAGAAUCGAUGACGAAGAUUUUGUCAUAGUUGACGGUGUGUCAGUGGGGUCAAUCUAUGAGCUCGCCGUUGUAUCAGUCGGAUACGAAGGAGAGGAAAAUGAAAGCGAUAUUGCAUUUGGUGAAAUUGUCGAUAUCGAUAUAACAAGGAAAAAGGUCGAUUUUGAACUCGAGGGUAGUGAAAUGGAACUGAACUGUACAAUAAGACAUACCAAUUUAAAACCGCUGUUGGAUAAUCCUUUAGUCAUGGUUUGGGAGAGCCCAAACAAUAAUGUUGCACGGACGGAUGAACGUAUAAAACAGUUGGAUGUUAUCAAGGAAAAUUGUGAUGGAGAAAGAUGCGAUUACAUCUAUCGAAUGAUGGUGAGCAAAUUAGAUAAGAACAAGGACUCCGGUGACUAUCGAUGUAAUUUAACAUUCGAUGGCACAUGGAUACUCGACUCUGCGACGAUAAAAGUUGAUAAAAUAUUGGAUAUCUGCAGCACUUUUGUCAAUAUAAAACCAGUAUCUACGGUUAAUUUAACAACAAACGCCAAUGAAACGGCAAAUUGGACAGCAGAAUUAAUUGGAUAUCCCAAUCCAUCAUUUGAUUGGCGAUCUAACAACGGUGCCAAAAUUCCAUGGGGCUCCGAAUCAAGUAACAAAAGUGUUUCAUUCACAAGCACAGAAAAUGGUAAGAUUAUUACAUUGACAUUGAGUAAUGUGACGGUCAGAGAUUCGGGAAUCUAUACGUUGUAUGCGGAAAAUGGAAACGGUGAACAUAACCAAAUUAAAAGCGAUUUUCGGCUGAAUGUCAGAG